CAAACGGGUAUGAGUUACAGGUACACAUACUUCCUGGUUGAGGGCAUGCGUUUAAGCGUCACGAAUGACACCCAAAUAUAUUUAAUAUAUGACAACAAGUGACAAAGAACAUGGAUAUUACACGACUUUUCCUUGGGGUCCUCAUUAUCGGAAUUGUCCAGUUCGAGGAGACAUGUUCGAGCGUUCACGCUGAAGGAGACAUGACCCGUUACGACAGUGAAUGUGCUCCCAAGAACUGCAGCCAAUCUGCAAUUGGUCCUCUUCCAUACUUCCCCUGUCAGAUCGGACAUAAAGAUGAGUGCAACAACAAUAGUAAGCAGUACAACAACUCCCCGUCCGUGGCGUUCCACAGUUUUGCGUUACUGGCAACCAUCGGUACCUAUCUGCGUGUCAACAACCCAAGUCUUACAUACUCAUUUAAGACACCACAUGGAGGGAUUGAAGCUUUAAGGACAAAGGCUGUGCUUGUGGAUUUCAGCUGUCCAUUGGGUCAAGAUGACUACUACAAGAAAAACCCAAUAUGUCGCGUGUUUGACUUCAGUUCUGCCACACUUGUACAGAAUGUGCCACGUGAGAUCAAGUAUGAGUGCCUGGUGGGCCUGACGAUCCUGAAUCGAGUCACGUAUUACUACCAGCUGAAGCUGACUUCACUCCCAUCACAGGCAGAAACGUCAUACACCCUCGUCAUACACAGUGAGCCACGAGAAGACCCCAAGUGUCGCGUGGUACUGGCACUAGCCGCUAUUCCAGCCCGGCAGAGCGUGCACGUUGUGUGGGAGAGACCAACAGAAGCCAGGAUUACUCACUAUAAUGUGUCACUGUACCAGAAGAAGCAGCUUCUUAGUACCAUUGAGAAAGAUUAUGGAUUUGAACAGCAUGAAUUUGGGAAACUCAAGCCUGGUUAUUAUAUAGUCAAGGUAGAACCAAAGGCGGUGAAUAACACAAGCCCCUGUGGACAGACCGUGUACGAGAACAUUCAGCUGAUAUAUAUUGAUGCCCCCAUUAAACAAGAAGACUCUACGCUGAAGAUACUUCUGGCGGCCAUUAGCGGAGCAGUUCUGGCCGUGAUCCUUCUGAUCGUCAUCUGUUGGCAUGGCCAAGGUUGCAUCAGACAAACACAUGUUUCAGAAAAUGGACGGAUGUUAUUGCUGAGUGCGAGCGAUGUCCAGAGCCGAGUGAAGAUGCUGUCAUGUGUCCUGCGGCAGAACCUGCACGUCGAUGUCCACUAUGACCAGGAUCAGUUGCAGCAGAUCACAACAGGAACUGGACUGGCAAAAUGGUUUGAAGACAAGGCAAAGGAUUCCACCAUCCUAGUUGUUUGCUCCCGGUUAGGAAAAGAAAUAUCGGAAAAGCAUCAAAGGGACAGUUAUUACUACCAGGCUCUGAAGCAGAUUCGGGGCAAUGCUGCAUUAUGUUCCCAUGUAUAUAUUGUAUGUUUCGAUGGACGUCACAAGCAUAUGGAGGUCUUUUCAACUAAUAAAAAACAUACUGAGGAUGGGAUGAAACCAAAUUGUUUCAGCAAAGCUUCAAGUGAGGACAAUGUCUAUGUUUUGCCGGGAGAUUUUUCAAAGCUAGGACAGAAGCUGAGGAAACGUGGGAUGAAUGAAAAAUAUAAGAUGUCAGAAACUUGGAAAGAUUUCUGUAAAGAAAUAGUAAAUCCUCAACCACAAAGAGUUAUCAUAGGACAGACACCAUCCAUAGCAGAUAGUGAUGCAGUAUCUAGCAUAACUGGAGUAACAAUUGUGAAGUAUGAUUGUCAGUUUUCUUCAAUGAGUUCAAUUUCAGAUAUGAAUGAUCUCCAGUAUGUGGAAGUGGCACAUGACCAAGAAGCGUCUGAACGGUCACUUCCGUUUGCCUCACCACGUAAAUCCCUUCAUGAUAAAAAGAACUUGAGACCUCAAACAAAUCUCACGACUUUGAAAGAAUCUUCAGAUCUUGAUAAGAGUUGUGUUACUUUGGUGAGUUCAGGUAUAGCUUGUCAUGGUCAUGGUGACCUUGAAUACCCAGGGCAACCAGAUCUGCCAAGUAAUUAUGCACCCGACUCAGGAUUUGUUUCAAGUCCACACAACUCAGUUGAGGCAAUGUAUGCUGAAAGAGAAUACAGACAAGAUCAUUGUAACCCAUCAAAAGCCCCACACCUUUAUGAUAUGUAUGAGAUGGGAAAUGCACAUGGAAGAAUAAUGAAGGUUGGUCACUGCAAUGUGGAUCCCCCACAGAACCUACAUCCUUAUACAACUCCAGGCCAACAUAGAAUGGGGCCUGGGAAAUGGGAUGACAGUUUGUCAGGUCAAGCCUACCCUUGCGGUCCUUUUGGCUAUCAGUCUUUCCAUGACAGCGGACAUUAUGAAGACAGCGGACAUUAUGACGACAGUGGACAGUAUAAAGAUUCAUUGGAUCACAACAGUUCUGCAGCAUGUUGUCAUCUGCCUGGACGGACCAAGAUGUAUCAACAUCAUAAUCCUCCUGGACAAACAGUUGUUGACACCCGAGAGCCACCAGGAGGUUAUAUUUCCAUCAACAAGGUUCUUCAGCACCUCCCUACGGAACAACAACCAGACUGGUCCAGGGGCCAUCCUGGCAUGUCCGAGAUGUCCUUUAUCCCCAGGCAACUUUCAUAUCCUUAUCAAGAAUAUACGGAGGAGUCUUUGUUUCAAGGGCAAAGUAGUCCAUGCACAAAACAGUGUGUGAAUAAUCCACUACUUCAAAGACAGCCUGUUCCUCAUCCUUGUGAUGAAGACUUGCAGGAAAGUGUACCAUUAUUAAAUCCUUCCUCUGAAUUCUAUGAUCCAUAUCCAGUGUUCCCUCCAGAGGUUACGGAGAGACUUAGCUCAGGAAACGAGUGGGACGUAUCCAAUCUUGAUUUCUGUCCACCCGAUGUUCUUGGCGGAAGUGAUGAUGGAUCUUUAACAUUUUGCAUGGAGAAGGACGAAUCAGGACAAUUCGUCAUCAUACCGAAGUACCAUGGCGCCAUUGCAGACAACGCUCGACACUAUGCACUUGACAACAGUGGAGACAGACACAGACACAUCUCUGCUCCUGACAUGGAAGCAACGUUGUCCAGUAACCCUGAGCUGAAAACUGACGGUACCUUAACACGAGAUGAAGAUGCUUGUGACCAGUUACAAGAUCCCCAUCCACACCGGAGCUCACUCGGUCAAUCUCGCAAUAACCAGGAAGCAGUGGAAGUGGAGGCGGAGGACAUUGACCCUGUAUCAUGACAGGGUCAAGGGGGGCAAGACAUGCAGCGCUUGUGUUAGAACUGUUGAGGUGCUAGCUUUUACGAUCUGCAUGUUGCCUAAUUGAAAUCACAUCACAUGUACUUCAUAGGUUUAAGUAGACUCCAUAACUUCACCCAUCAAUACAUACCACUGAAAUGCAAUGUGGUAGCGCGGCGUGUCUAUUCAAAGUCACUGAAUUAUACUUUUUUAUUGAUAAAAUUCUAGUUUUGUUUAUGUAACCCUCAGGCAUCCUUACAUGGUUUAAUUCAAACUGUGUGAUUUUAACACGUGCAUAUUUCUGUUUACACAAAAUUCAUCUAUUGAUUAUGUUCAAAUUAUUUGUUGUGUUUCCUGUGAUACAGUGGUUAUUUUUUAUACUUUUCAAGAAGGUUGUGUUCAGCCAUCCAAAGUAUUACCUCACCUGACUGAAAAUCGAGUGAUCUUAGUUUUGGGGGCAUUGUAAGGUUGUCUGUCAUUAUCAUUCACAUUUUUUACAUAUCCUCUGAAAAACAAUGCCUGUGAAGCUGAAACUGUGUUUUAAUAAUCCUAGCUAUGGUGUCUCUAAAAAGUGCUCACAUCAUUCCGAUCCAAUUUUAUACAUGGCUGUACCCGCGAAGAUCCGGGUUAGAAUCCAGGUCUUCAGCGACCCAUGCUUGCCCUUAAUGACGACUAUGCAUGUUGUAAGAGGCAACUGACGGGAUCUGGUAGUCAUGCUCACAGACUUGGUUGAUGC